UACCCAAUCGGCGCAUGCGUCUUACGAGCGAGCGUAGCUGAGUAAAGAUGGCGGCGGGCUCCGAUUUGCUGGAUGAUGUUUUCUUCAACACGGAGGUGGACGAGAAAGUAGUCAGCGACAUAGUUGGUUCUUUAGAGUCUGAGCUUACUGGAUCAGGUCACGGAAACUCAGCGGUCAGGGUUCAGGGUGUUGGAAACCACAUCAGUAACUCGUCUGGGAGUGCUAAUUCCAGUGUCCAGGACAACAAAAUGGGACUUGCACAAGAGCUUGUAAAAGCAGGCGCCGGAGUGCCAGGGGGUGUCAUUAAUAAUACGAGGUCCCAGGGUUCAACUAUGGAUGCAGCAGUGGGGACCACAUCAGCGGCUGGGUCGGGCACGCAAGUGGAGAUUAACCAAGGCAAAGCAGGGGCUGGCAACGCUGUUCUUAUGGCCAUUCCAAACCACGGAGCUGGCAGCGGACAAAAAGGGACGUCUGGCAUGCCAACUUUGAAUGGAAGUAAUGUGGUGAUAAACUCUCACAGUUCAGGAAGUGUUCCCGCUACCCCCGGGACAACAGCGAGCUCAAUCAACAGUGUCGGCAGUACAGUACCCGCUGUCACAGUUGUCAACAACGGACCUGGCUCCGUGGUGAAAGGGCAAACAAUUGUUUUACCUUCUUCUGCUAGCACUGUAAUUCAUACGUCUUUAAUGAACACACAGAAUGUGGUCACUUCGACUGUGAUAGCUAAUCAAACUUCAUGUUUAACCACCGGACCCACCGUCACACUAGUGAGGCCGCCUAUGCAAACGCCGGGACCGAUUACCACGCAAAAUGGGAGUAACAACUCAGUUUUGACUGCAAACGUCAAUGUUGCGCACUUGGCACUCUCGAAUACUUCAACACCUGUCAGUUCGGGCCUUCAGAUCAACAAGUCGGAGUCACCGAAAACUAUUAUUCAAACGACGACUCAGACCGGGUCUCCCACUGUUCUUGCGAGCCCAGGAAACCUGACUCUAGGACAACCGAUGCAAAGCACAUUGCAGCCUGGUACUAUUGGAGCUGCUUCUGCUGUUGGAAAAAGCCCUGUUUUGCAAAAUAUGACGAGAACUUCUGUUCCGUCCACUAUAUCUGCCAGUCCAGGUGGGAUACGUGCGAUUGCCCCUCAAGUGUUGGCUCCCAGGUUACCAAAUGCUCAGCAGAAUCAGCCAAACAUCCAGAAUAUCCAGCUUCCUCCAGGCAUGGUUCUGGUGCGCAGUGAGAGUGGACAGUUGCUGAUGAUCCAUCAGCACACGUUGGCACAAAUGCAGGCCCAGUCCCAGGGUGCCAUGGCAACACGACCCGCCACACCCACAAGCUCUCCACCUGUCCAGAUUACCUCUGUGCAGGCCCCUGGCACUCCCAUCAUCGCUCGCCAGGUGACCCCCACGACCAUCAUCAAACAAGGCUCACCCGCUCAGACCACCGUUCAGGCCACCACCACUCUCCAGAGGCCUCCAGUCCUGCAGAACAUUAUGUUGGGGGGUACGGGCGCAGCCCCCACUGUCGGAACGCCACCCCCAGUGCAGCCUGGGAAGGCGGUGACUCAGAAGGUAGUGGCGCCCAGAGCCCUCGCUGCCACGACUACGGAAACGCUGGAGAAUGUGAAGAAGUGUAAAAACUUCCUAUCCACGCUGAUCAAGUUGGCCUCCAGUGGGAAGCAGUCUUCGGAGACGGCUGCCAACGUGAAGGAGCUGGUCAAGAGCCUCCUGGAGGGGAAAAUCGAAGCGGAGGACUUCACCAGCCGACUGUACCGGGAGCUGAACUCCUCCCCUCAGCCCUACCUCGUGCCUUUCCUGAAGAGGAGCCUCCCAGCCCUGCGCCAGAUGACCCCAGACUCGGGCGCCUUCAUCCAGCAAAGCCAGCUCCAGCAGCAGCAGACACAACAGCCCCAGCAGCAGCAGAGCCAGCCGGCCCCCCAGCCCACCUCCACUGCCCUCACUGCUGUGGUGCUGGGAGGCUCGGCCACCCAGCGCACCGCCAUCCAGCCGGCCCCGACCCACAUGAAGACCCCCACUGCCACUGUUGCUGCCACCGGCACCCCCUCUCAACAUCAUCCGGUCAUCAGCCUGACCCAGACCGGCCAGAACAAGCCCAGCCUGAUCCUGCAGCAGCCAGGGGCAGCCUUGCGGCCCCAAGUCACCAUCGCUCAGUCCUCCAUGGUGACCCUCAGGGGCCAGCCCCACCACCGCAUGUUCACCCCUGUCGUCAAACACCUCUCUGCAGGCUCGUUGAUAAGGCCAGGCCUAGCCCCAGGAACUAAAGUGGUAUCUGUAUCAGGGCCGCACAGUCUGGCCUCGGCUGCCCAGAAGAACAAACUGAAGGAGGCAGGAGGUGGUUCCUUCAGAGAUGAUGACGACAUCAACGACGUGGCCUCAAUGGCCGGGGUGAACCUGUCCGAGGAGAGUGCCCGCAUCCUGGCCACCAACUCUGAGCUGGUGGGGGCGGUGACUCGCUCCUGCAAGGACGAGGCCUUUCUCUUCACAGACUCGCUCAGACGGAAGAUGUUGGAAAUUGGGCGGAAGUAUGGCAUCACGGAGCUGGGCCCGGAUGUCAUUAACUUUGUGUCCCACGCCACCCAGCAACGGCUGCAGAACCUUCUAGAGAAAGUGUCUGAGGUUUCCCAGCAGAAAAAUAUCUACUAUAAGGAGGAUGAGCGGUACGACCAGGUCAGUGACGUUCGCACACAGCUCAAGUUCUUUGAGCAGCUAGACCAGAUGGAGAAGCAGAGGAAGGAGGAGCAGGAGAGAGAGAUCCUCAUGAAGGCAGCCAAGUCUCGAUCACGACAAGAGGACCCAGAACAGCUACGGCUCAAACAGAAGGCCAAAGAGAUGCAGCAGCAUGAGUUGAAUCAGAUGAGGCAGAGAGACGCUAACCUGACAGCCUUAGCCGCCAUCGGACCCCGCAAGAAACGGAAAGUGGAGUCCCCUUCCAGCGGAGCUGGAGCAGAGGGUUCGGGGUCCGGGUCGGCAGCUUCCGGGGCGUCGGGGGCCGGUGGCUCCAGGCAGUUCACCCGCCAGCGGAUCAUCCGGGUCAACCUCAGGGACCUGCUGUUCUGCCUGGAGAAUGAGCGCGAGACCAGCCACUCACACCUCCUCUACAAGGCCUUUCUCAAAUAGCACCUUCUGUUCUUCCACACGGACCCCAACCCAGCCCUUACUGACCUAAAUCCAGUCCCUUUGCACAGCACCCCACCCCACCCGCCUCUCCCCCCAUCUCAGUCAAGUACCCCCUUCAGGUAUCUAAAAGGGGUCCUGGGCCUCACCUCACCAGAAAAUGGAGAAAACCCAGAGACCUCUUUUUUUCCUUUUUCUCAUCAACGCAAAAAAAGAGCGCUCACUUGACAAGUCAAAGUUCAGCAGUUGGGUCCUCACCUUUAAACGCAGCCGCCAUCACCUCUGUUACCUACACCCCUCUGUUUUAUUUAGCUCACGUCAUUGAGUGGAUUUUUAUUUUGGUAUUAUUAUUAUUAUUAUUAUUAUUAUUUAAUUUUUUGAAGUAGAGUGCUUCCUGAGAAGUCUACAUCUCACGUACACCCGGGUGGAGCCUUGUCAGGGGCCACUCCCUGAGGUCUCCUGCCACAACAUCAAGAGGAGCGUCUCUCUCUCUCUCUCUGUCUCUGUCUCUGUCUCUGUCUCUGUCUCUGUCUCUGUCUCUGUCUCUACAACCUGUUUCCUCACUCAACAGCCCAGCCUUGAGCAGACUGAUGGCAAAAAAAAACUCCAGCGAACAGACAAACCUGCUAUGGGGAUCUGCAGGAUAUCCUACUGCUUCUUAACUUCUGAUGGAUUGACACCUUUUUUAAGAAAAGAAAAGUAGAAAAAGAGAGAAACACACAGACAAACAAAAACAUUUACAAAAAGAUUUGUAUUCAUCAAAAAGAGUAAGCGCCUUUUGUUGAACAGGCUAAGAAAUGAAAGAAAACAAAAUGGAAGAGACUUCACUCAUCAUGUCAAACUCACAGGUUUUACAUCAUGCUAAUCUUGCUCAGAGCAGGAGCCACGGUGAGACGAGCUAAAGGACAGUUUUUAUAUAGAGCCUUUUCUACUUUUAGCCUUCUUUUAUCAACACUUCAGAGCCCACGGAUUCUUUUAACUGGAACAUUUCUUUUUUUUAAACUAAGUUGCCUUCUUGCCAAAAUAAGCCAUAUAAUUAUUAUUCUGUAUCUUCUCUCUGAAGGCUGAGCAAUUAAGGAAUUUUCUUUCCUUUUUUUAACUCUCCAUUUUUCUUUCUUUCUUUCUCCCCUUUUCUCUCAUUUUCAUCAAAUGUAGCAUCAGUCUUCUGACUCCUCCUCAAUUCAUUAUUCCAGUUUGUUCUAACAUUUUGCUUUGUUCUCUGAUUUGGCAAGUUUAUUUAAUCGUCUGUCAUGUGUGAUGUUUAACCUUUUUGUUGCUAAUUCAGUUGUAAUGAUUAUUUAUAUGUUGGUGCAUUUUGUUUUGUUUUGAGAUUAUAUAUAAAUAUAUAUUCACAUACACAUGCGAAAGUAUACCUUAUGUAUAUAUGUUACCACCACAACUCCUCAAGUUCCCACCGCAUGGGUCAGGAUGGUUGUAGUCCGCUGUGUGAAUGUUGAAAAAAGCAGAUGAUGAAGAAUGAAAUGGGGGAGGGGGGAAAGCCCUAAGAUUAUUUUAAUACAAAAUAAGAUUUUUUUUUUCUUUUUUUUUCCUUUCUUUAAAUCGUGAACUUCUCUGACUGCACUGUCAAUUCCUGUUUGGAGUUUGACUGCCUCUUUCAGUCAGGCUGUGUCUGUUCAAAACGUUGGCAACAGGAGAGAACGCAACGCAACACACCCACCCUACCCUACCCCACUCCACAUCCAUGAUCAUGGACUGCAUCCUCUUGACGGAUCAGCUUUUGCAAAUUCAGACUAUUUAAUUGCCAGAGCGAAAAAAAGGCCCAGUUUGUACCUAUUUUUUUAGAGCACAUACUAAUUGGUUCCUUAUAUAUUUUCACAGGUUAUAUUGUAUGAAACAUUGUCUAUGGAUAAAGCUUUUAUGAUUUGUACAUACUUCAGUUUUUCAUACUGUCCAUGAUGAGGUGAUUCUUCAUGAACAGAACUGAUUAUGACUCACUGUCCGACUCCUGUCAAUCAGUCAGUAUUGUCUUAUUUUUCAGGAUGAUCACCUUGGUAACUGUUACGAUGCACCCCCUAGCUUCCUUCUCAGAAAGAAGACAAACAGUGAGAUGAUAGCGUAAAAGUAUGUGUAUCGAUAUCUUGUAAAUUUUGCACAGCCACUUGUUAAUAUGUAAAUAUUUUACUUAAAAAGGUUUUUAAUUGCUAUUAUUUUAUAGAG